AUGCAGCGUAGCUGUGCAUAUAUAGGCGCUAGAACUUUGGUGCUAGUAGUACUGAAUCGUAUGAGUGGCGGCAAAUUGUACCUGCCGAUAAUGGCUUCACUCUCAACUUGCUAUGUGCCAUGUCACCAUCUCUGCUCGAGCGAGACAAUCGCACGGUGUGGGGGCAGUGGGAACAUGCGUGACGGAGGCACUAACAUUGGCAUUGGCAUGGGUUCUAGGCCAGUCGGCCUACUCCUGGCAUGGAUCUAUCCAUGUCAGGAGUGGGACCAGGUCCAUUCAUGUGGCCCGGGGAUGGACAACGGAUGA